AAUGGCGAGCGGAAGUUGAGGAUUUUUAACGCGAGUUGAGCAGAAAAAAAGCAGGUUUACUCUCUCGGUCUUAGUUGCGCUUAUGGUUUAUUUAUUUUUUUCUCUACUUUUUUUUUUGACAGGUGUUUUGUAGUGAAAAGCCUGAUAUUUAAAACGUCAAACGCGCGCGUUUCUGCACAGCAGUGAUUCCUAUGUUUGGAUCUGGAAAUCAGGUUAAUUGGAAAUGGAUCCUCGUCGCGUUAGACGUCGUGACAGUGGAUUCCCCAAGAACAGAGAUACACCCCUGAGACCAACAGUGGGGAGACGUGACAACAAUAGGAGACUCCUGCUCAGAAAGCAUCAUGAAGCAUUUCCAGAAGAACCUGACGUUAAUGAGAUGAGUAACUCCACCGUCAAACCAAACUGCCUGCAGACGAUCACCGUGCCUGUCCACUGCAAAUCGAUGUCACGGCUGAACAACCCUGCAUUUAUUAGAAAACCCAGAACCAGAGCGGCCUCGCCGGCCACACCGGUUACUAAAACGUGUGGCUACCCAGUGUUGCAGAUGAGGCACCGAGCCAUUCAAGUGGCUCUAGACCCAGAGGAUUUUAACGAUGGUGACAUACAAGAUAAACAAACCUCACCAGUGACUCUGGAAAGCAUCACGUCUUCCAGCAUGGAGCAAGACACAACUUUCGACUUUGGUGAUGAGGAAGAGGAAGGCUGUUUCUCUUCUACUGCUUCUAUAACCUCCAGCACUCUUCCCUCCCCGGAGAUAUUCAGAAGAGAAAGCUAUGCUGACACGCUUGCCUUACCAAUUGAGGGGGAUCUGCUGGAUCUCCAUUCUCACGUGAGAAAUUCCACGUUGCUGGAUGCGAGUCACGCAGAGAGCAUCCACGUGCAUCAUCCCCCCAACCUUUCCACCAUCAUAGAUGCCUCUUCAAUUCUUGCUGAAAAGGAUACUGAAAAUAAUCGGAACCACAGAGAACAUGAAGCUGAGACUAAAAUACAAACAGACUCGAUUAAAACAGUUUUGUGUUUUUCCAAUCUUCCAUCUGUAGAAGUGAAUAAGAGGAAAACUCCACAAACGCUCACACACAGAAUGCAUUUGGUGUGUAAGAAGAAGGUGUGUUUCAAAAGUCCCAUCACUGAUGAGACCUUCAAAGCAAACCACAUCCCGCCUUCGAAAUUAUCCGUUCACAGCAACAGUGAGUCUUUCCCGGUGGCCAGCCAACCAGAGAAGGUGAAGCCUGACGCAGAGACAUCCGGAGCGGGUGAGAUCAGUUUCAAAGACGAAUCAUUACCUGUGACUGUGAGGCUGAGAAGUGCUGCAAAGUGUGACCCAGAAAAAGCUAAGUUCUUUGACUUUGUCAGCGACGAUGAAAGGGACACGUUCUUUCAGAAGAUGAGAGAAAGAUGGGUCAAACUCAGGAGUGCUGCUUUAUUUCCUCUCACAGUUGCAAAGCACAUAUAACUUUCUAUCUGGUGAAAUCGGAAGCCGCAAUAUUGCAUAAUUUUUCUGUGAAAUAUCCUGUAUUCUGCGUGUCAACACUCACCGUGACAAAUUAUUUAUAGGAUGUAAAUGUGUUGGUUAAAGAGAAUAAUUUGUGUAACACAAUUUAAGUGACUUUUCUUGCUUCCUUGGCUGACCCUUAUUUAUUUGACAAUUUAUUUGUCUUUAGUUGUUAGUGACUGAGCUAGUUUAUUUAGUUCUUGAAUAUAUUGGUUAAAGAAAUGCACUUUCAAUGCACUGUUAGCUUUCGCUGUAAGUUUAAUGUGCAUCCAAGGUGUAAAACGAAAAAUCACCACCAGAUGUCAUGCCUGUAUUUUUCUUUUUCUACUUACUUUAUUUCUUGUCCUCUCAAGUAGCUUUUCAGUUUUAAAUGUGAAAUGCAUGUGUUUUUUCGUAUCUGUAUAUUCUUGAUUUGUUUUGUGUGCAGGCUAAUGCUAUACUCCAUAACUCUAAGUGUAAGCUAAAUGUAAAGUAAACUGCAUAAUGUAUGAUUUCCGUUUUUUCUAUAUGUAUUUAUGUGCUUUUCUUCAAAUGAGAACAUUUAAGAGCUUCAGAAAAUAAAA